GCAAUUAAAAACACCACCUUCCCGAAUCCUGUGUAUUUCCAUCGAAGUGAAAGCUUCUGCAAGUAAAAAAAAGUUUGAGAAGUUCUAGCAAUCCUUCGUGGCACUUAGAAUGUUUCGAAAACCUAAACAAACCAUCGCUCCACUUCCCAAACCACCUACCGAAGCGCAAAUGCUCGAAGAUCUGCAACUAUUUCAUGAGACGAGGCCUCCGAUGAAGCACGCGGUAGAUGAAACUAUCCCAACCCUGUCGGAGGAAUCGAGCAUGGAUGAUUGGUGGAAGACAUUCGAAAUAUCACUGCAGCAUCACGAACAAUUCCAGAGCCUGAUGAGCAAUGUAGAUUUGCUGAAAAAAACACUCCAACAGACGCAAGACGAACUUCAGGCGGCUUGUGAGGAGAUACAGAGCCAAAUAGAUCAGGAUCUGGAAAAGCUACGAGCGACUAUGAAGGAUUAGUUGAUAUACGGGAUUAAUAUUAAAAAAAAUUCAAUAUCAGAUGAGGGCUUGUGAUAUUUCCCAGACGUUGUAAAUAUUAUCAACACAUAGGUCGCUUUGGGUUAUUGGUAAAGGAAUAAAACUUCAGUUUAUUA